AUGUGGAGGAGGUCUCUUGAGGAAGCCCUGGGCACCUAUGUCAGCCACCACUACCCAAAAGGCCUCUGCAGCGUCUUCGUUAAAGACACAGCCAUGAGGAAAAUCCUGGUGGCCUGUAUCCAGGCCUCCAUGCCCAAGCCCUCUCCCUUCUGGAGCAGCCUUUGGAAGUCCGAGUGGACUUUCACCCUCAGCCCUUCCACAUCUACGCAGGUGACGGGAACCAUCGAUGUCCAAGCUCACUACUUUGAGGGCGGCAAUAUCCAUCUCGCAGCGUGCAAGGAGGUGACCAUGUCCCUGCCAGUUGCCAGCCGAACGCAGGCCAUCAGGGCCUUUGUGAAACUGGUGGAGGACUCCGAGGGCCAGCUCCAUGCGGGGCUCAUGGAGGAAUACCAAAGGAUGAAUGACACCUACCUCAAGGCCUUCCGGAGACAGCUGCCCAUCACCCACAGCAUGAUCGACUGGGAGAAGAUCAUGACGGGGAGGAUUGUGACGGUCCCUGCCCUGCACUAA